ACUUCUUUGUGCUUACUGGCAGGAAUGAAGUCCACCAACAGGCGCUUUGUGUUUGUAAACUUUUGACAUUUUUAAAUAUUUUAUGAGUAUGCUCUACACGUGGGAAAGUGUGUGAGCACAGUUUGUGUGUGUGUGUCUGUUUUGUUUUUCUCCCACAAUGAGUAUGAGCAGGAAAUUCUCUUUGGACAGCUCUGUCUGUCAGGAUACAGGAUACUUUGGCACCCGCAGAGGUUCCAACAAGUUAAGUAAGAAAUACCGAACAGAGUGUGAUGAUGGACGGGACUUCCAGGAACUACACCCAAACUUCAAUGGCAACCCAACUGCCAGGGAGAGGACCAUCAUGGAGGAGAGUGCUGAUCGGCCAGACGGUGCCAUCAGUAGCAAUAGUUUCCAAAAACACAACAAAAACUUCCACAAACUGUUCCCAGAGGUCCCUGAAGAAGACAACCUGACACACACUUUCGUUUGCACCCUGCAGAAGGAAGUGUUGUAUUACGGAAAACUGUAUGUUUGUGAAAACUAUGUGUGUUUCUACUCGUCCGUGCUGCUUAAAGACACUAAGGUGGUGAUUCCUCUAUCCAGUGUACAGGAGGUGAAGAAACAUAGCCAAGCUUUGUCUAUGUUAUCGAUACAAACUGCUGAUGGAGAGAAGUAUUUCUUUGUGUCUUUGUGGAACCGAGAGAUGUGUUACAACCUCCUCCAGAGGCUCUGCUCACAUGAUCAGGAAGUCAGUGACCUCAGCACCCCUCAGGAGUCCUCUGCUGAGAAUGACACUGAUUACAAGGAGGUGCCCAGUCAGCCCAUUGAGAAGAGUGACGACGAUGGUCAGAAUGGCAGUUAUGUGGAUGGCAUCUUUCCCCCAUCGGCCAGUAGAGCAGAUGAUCCUUCGAGCAGCUCCACAAGAGAAGAGGUGGAGGACGGUGUGUCAUCAUUGUGGCUUUGGAGGGCCAUGGAGGACAUCAUGUCGUUUUUCUUCGUCCGACAAAGCGUGAAUUUCAGCGUGGUCUUCUUCAUCUACGUGAUGUUGGUGGUGCUGCUGCUGUCGGUUUCUGCUUACAUUGCCGUCAGAAUGAUUGCGCUGGAGGAGCAGCUGAACACGUUAGGAGCUCUCACACAGCUGUCCUUGCACCACAGAGACUAUCAAGAAACCUAGCCAAGAGCAACAAUCACCACUACAACUUCUUCCAAUAAGUGUCAUCAUGGAUUAAAGAAGAUGUAUGGCACACUGUAUAGAUAACAUUUCUAUGUCAAGGAAAACAAACAAGGUGUGUAGUUCUGGAAUUGAAAUUGUGUUGUGUUUGUGCUAUUUUUUACAGAACUGCCUGUCAGCAAUAAGAUGCUUCCUAAAGUCACUUACACUGUAAAUUAUGAUGUCGGCCAAAAAACAUGAGAACAAUCAGGCACAUGGCAGCACUUUCAACUGUUGAGAUCAAUUCCUAAAGCUUUUUGAAUACAGUGGAACCUCUGUUUUCAUACGCCCUGGUUUGGGAUGAAAAUGAUGCUAAAAAUAUGUCUUGGUUUUCCAGAAAUUUGAUGAAAAAGAUGAGGAACACUAUUUGUACAACAAAGUAAGAAGGUAGCGUCUGUUACAAUAGGAUUGUAAUGUAAAUGUACCUUAGUUAAGAAAUGGAUUAUAAGGGAGAAACAUUCCAGAUAGUGAACCAGGCCAAUGUGUGUCUCAUCAUUUUACUUGCUGCUGAAGUUUACAAUAAAGUGACAAACCCCCUCCAGCCUCCACUCACUCUAUUCAC